GGCAGGUGGGCAUCGCCACUUCCUGACAGGACCCUGCAUGGACGUGGCCCAGUGCAGAGCCCAAGCCAUACUGUCCGUCCCCCUUUCCUGGAGACUCUACUCCAGCUCCCUCCGCUCUCCCAGCCAUGCCAGUCGCAGCCCUCGGGACUCCACAGCCUUCACGAUGACCCCUCUCCCUCGAGGCCCGGUGUCCUCAUUGCUCACCUCAUGCUGGCCAAGGUCCAAUCCAGCCUCAGGGUUGGGAUCCCCAGUCACCUCCAGCCUGCAGCCCCCUCCUGUCUCCUCCAGCCCUGCAAGGUGAGGUCCUAGCAGAGGCUCCAGUUCAGGGAGUUCAUGCUGGGUCCUUCUCCUCUCCUGUGAAGGGCACUUGUCUGCAGCCCUGGGCUGCUGCUGUGGUCCUGCCUGUCUGCUCCACCAUGCUCCACACCACCCGCGUUAGGCCCAAGCAUCACGUAGCUUAACAACUGCCUGCCCAUUUUCCUCACAUGGGGGGCGGGUCUGGGGGAGCCAAAGCUGCCUGAGGCCUCACUCAUGAAGUUGUUGGUUGAGGGUCAACUGGACUGAGAAGGUGCCGUGCUGGAUGCUCAGGGCUGUAUCACUGAUGUUAUGUUCUCCACCAGCUGCCUGGAAUCCGCCCAACCUAUCCUGCCUCCCUGGGAGGCUCAGCCUGUAGAGACAUGCUUACAACUCUUUGAGGAAGAGACCGCGCCUGCUGGCGCACAAUGCCUCCUCCCCCACCCUUACGCGGGCUUGGUCCCCCAGCUGUGCUUGCACUGUAGCCCCAGCAAUCUCCCGCGUGAGGCAUUGGACGACAGGCACCUGGGGCCACCGCUCUACGCGAGCCGCUUCCACUCCUAGCGGUGGUGGCUUGCUGUUUUCUCUCUUCUCACGGUGUCAGCGGAGCUGGUGUUGGCACCAAGGCGUCUACUUGGGGAGAGAGGCAAGCAAGGCAGUAAGCAAGGAAGCAAGCAAGGAAGCACCCCUGAGAAAAAUAAAGAAGUUGUUCCUUCCCAGUCCGCCUCCGAUUCUUUCCCGCGGUCUCGUUGCUGCAGGUGGCAACAAGUGGUGGCCUGUACGGGGAAUUUUGGUAUGGCAGAAACUGAAACUGAAGGCCACCAGCCAUUGGUGCAGGCUUUGGGAGGCACCACCCCCUGACGUCUGAGGCUUGGACUCAUAAAUGGACCAUGGAGCAGCUGGAGGUGAGCAGCAGCAACUCAGGACGGUGCAUCUGCGGAGGACCGAGCACUGGAGCCCGCAGCCAUGGGCUGGGACCUGAAGGUGAAGAUGCUGGGGGGCGAGGAGUUCCUGGUGCCCCUGAGUGACUCCAUGAUGCUGGUGGAACUGAAGCAGAAGAUUUUCCAGAAGAUUGGGGUGCCUGCCUUCCAACAGCACCUGGCCCUGCCCAGUGGCACAGAGCUGCAGGACAGGGUCUCUCUGGUGGGCCAGGGCUUGCGCUCUGGCAGCACAGUCCUACUGAUGGUGCAGAACUGUGACAGCCCCGUGAGCAUCCUGGUGAGGAAUGACAAGGGCCGCAGUAGACCCUACACCGUGCGGCUGACACAGAAGGUGGUGGAGCUCAAGCGCCAGGUGUGCCAGCAGGAGCGCGUCCAGGAGGACAUGUUCUGGCUGAGCUUCGAGGGGAGAUCCAUGGAGGACCAGCAGCUUCUGGGGGAGUAUGGCCUCACUUCCCAGUGCACAGUGUUCAUGAACCUGCGGCUGCGAGGCGGCGGGGCAGGGCCUGGAGGGUGGAGCUGAGACCCCACCAGGAUCAAGUGCUAGGAAUAAAUGAUGACAUAAGGAGUG